UCAAACAAAUGUCCUAAACAAAUUCAACAAGACGGCUAAAGGGAAAAAGGACAAGCAAGGCUAAAGAAUUUGAAAGCAUGCAAAGAAAAGUAACAGAUCUUAUGGGAAUGAAAGGCACAAUAUGAAAUUAAAAUACAAUAGAGGCUGCUCGGCUGGCCCUACUUAGGGUUUUCAGGAAACAUGGACGUGGCGGUGGUAGUUGGAGUCUAAGGACUCUUGCGACGGUCUCCGGGUGUCCUCUGAGAGGAGAAAGGAGGAUGUCACUGGAGUCAUCGUCUUCCUCUUUGCUGCUACUCUCCAUCCCUUCUCCCUUACCCUCAGUACCAGACAGUAUUACUAACACUUCCCCUCCCCCAAUGUCUUACAUCACUUCCCAGGAGAUGAAGUGUAUUCUGCACUGGUUUGCUAGUUGGUCCGGUCCCCAGCGUGAACGUUUCCUACAGGACCUGGUAGCUAAGGCAGUGCCAGCAAAAUUACAGCCACUGCUGGAUGGUCUGGAGCAACUUAGUGUGUCUGGGGCAAACCGACCGCCUUGUAUCUUUGAGUGCCAGCUGCGUCUUUGGGAUCAGUGGUUUCAAGGUUGGGCUGAGCAGGAGCGCAACGAAUUUGUCAAGCAACUGGAGGUCAGUGAACCAGAAUUUGUGGCAAAGUUUUACCAAGCAGUGGCUGCUACAGCUGGGAAGGACUGAUAGGCAUUAAAAUCAAAGAGAAGAAUAACCACAGCUGAUGGAGUUGAGGCCAUGACCUUACAAUGAGAACUCAAUUCAGAUGUGCCACUUGAAGAUCUGGACAUGGUAACCUGAUCAUCUGACUGAACUCACCGACUAGCACACGCAAGAUUAUUUUAAAGUUAAUAGCAUAUCAACUGAACUCCUAUUGUACAUGUUUUCCACCUAAGAAAAUCGAGAUCAUCAGUGUGCCUCUUAGCUUGCUGCUUUCCAAGAGAUGUCAAACACUCAAGAAUCUGAUGGCUUCUUUUGCAGCGCUAGCCAAAAGGAACCAAAGCAUUGUGCAAGUUUUGCCCUGCUGCUGGCCUAUGAGGGAUAUAAAGUAGAACCCUCCUAUCCCAGAAACAAGAAAGAAUAAGGAUAAUAGAAUGUCAUGUUUGUAUAGUUUAGCUUGAUUCAGAUGGCUGGUUUCACCACCCUUACCAGAUUCUGGCAUAACUGUGAUAUUUCAAUGACUAGCUUUCCCAGUUAUGAUUUAAUAAAAUUAUGGAAAGUCAGGAGAGAGAGAUAAUUAGUUACUCCCUCCUCCACUGAUGUUUGUUUGAAUCCAAAGAGCAGUGACUUUUUUUCUAAAGCAUAUGUGAUAUCCUUACUGUUCCUAUACUCUUAACUUUGCUCUACAGUAAUAUGAAAACACUCUUUUAUGGAUUGGGGGUUUAUUUUAUUUUUAUUUUAUUUUUUUGUAUCAAAAUAAAUGGAUUUUCAGAA